CGCUCCCCCCGCUGCCCCUGCCCGCCGGCGGUUCGGUAGCACCGGUGCUGCCGGUUCCUUUCGGGCUCUCAGGGGCACUAACGGCCGCUGGCUCCGCCUCUGCGCGCGGAGCGACCCGCCGAGCGGCCGCGCCGGGCUCGAAGAAGCAACCAUCUCCCACUCCCAGACUCAGCCCUGGACUCAGAGCAGCCCUGAUUGCCUACGGGUGCUGGCCCAAACAUCUCUUCCAACUGAAGAACCCCUUUCUGCUAACACAUGUAAACCUGAAAAGGCUUCAUAAGAAUCAAUGUAAAUAGCAAAAGGAAGGAAGGAGACCAGGCAGAUCUGAAUUUCAUACCAGGGACCCUGACUCCACUCACCACAGAUUUAAAGACAGCAACCUGUUGUCUUCUGCAGUUGCUUACUCCAUUUGAACUGGUUGCCCAUGUUCCCUGGUGAAUCAAAGAAAACAAUUGACAGCAUUUUGAUUUUUGGCUGAAGAAAAAGAAUUCAAGAAAAGAUGGACUGGAAUUUAAGACCACUCCAGAAUGCUGAUGCAAAUAAUAACCUGCAAAAUGAAAAAACAUGUUACACUCAGUUCUUUUCUAAUGCACAUACUUUUCCUCAGACAAAUGUCUAUUCCUCUACAAAUGGCUAUUCCUCUACAAAUGUAUGCACUUAUGUUGGAAAUAACCAAAUGGUGUAUCUGCCAACCAGCAAUGUUGUCUUCCCUUCUGUAAAUGCUGAAGGAUUCAGAACCUCAGAUCAGGCCUUACCAGGAGCAUCUGUAGCUGGUAAUGACUCUUCUAUCUCAAAAUACUCUGAUCAAUAUCUACCAUCCUACAGGCCAAUAGCUCCGAAACCUCCCAAUCAGACAUCACACUUGCAGACACAGGUGACUCGGACUUGGCCAAACUCUAACACCUACGUUUAUUCUCGUAGAAAGUUGCCUCCCGUGUCGUCUUUAGUGAAAACUAGAAAUAACACGAGGAAUGUACUUCAGGAAUCUCAGUAUUUCACAGUAAAUGGUUACACUGCACAGCCACAAAUACUGCAGCACAAUUCUAUGAGAACUACAAUGUUAUAUCAGAGUAACGUUAAUUCUCAGAAUAAUUCUAUGUCUCUUAGUACAUCUGGGCAACAUGUCCAAACGCAGAUAUAUCAUCCCGACCUUCAGUUUAAGGUUUUACAGUCACAGACUCAAAAUACUGUGGCAAAUGUACAGAUGCUGCAAUAUCAAACAAGUCAGAUGGGACCAGAAGUUCCUAAUGGAUGUUCUGCACCAUCAUUGUUGCCCACUAACUGUGAUUCAAGAGCUACAGCACAGUCCUCAGUAGGUAUAUCACAGACAGUUCAAAAUGUACCUAAUGCAUGCACCCUUAGCCAACAGAGGUGCCCAUCGAAUCCGGAACAUGCUUCUGGUUUUAACAGUGUUCAGCAAUACUGUCAGAAACAGCAGUCUGGAGAAAUCAGUCAAUCAGUUAGUCAUGUAUGUAAUUCAGGUGGAAGUGCAACAUCAAAUCAGCCUUUUAAUGGAAUGCCUGUGCCAUCCCUUGGCAUUUCCAAAGAAUCAUACGAUGUGCAAGAAAUGGAAACUCUUUCUUUGGUGGCUGCUUCAAAACCACUAAGUGAUCCUACUUCAGUUCAAGAAAGCCAGACUAGUAGUUUAGUGAAUAGGCCUGUUAAUUCUCAAAUUUCUGCAGCAGCAGCAGAUGAAGGAACGGUUACAAAGGAAAGACUAUUUUGGGAAGCUCAAAGGUUGCUCAGUAUUAAAAAAAAAUUUGUCCUCCUUGAAAGGAUGCAUCAUUAUAGAAGAAGACUCUUAGCAGCUUCAGAACAUAACAAUAGUAAUCCCCCACCUCUUCCAAGUAAUCAAAAUACUCCUGCUAAUCAUUCUCUAUGGAUGCCCAACCAAAAUGUACCACCUGCCCCAUCUGAAACAACAGGGACAGAGAGUCCAAUACUUAACUCUUCACCUGAAGAAAGCAAUGACAAAAACAUAGCCAAUGCUGAUAACAGAGGAUUAGAGGUAACUCAAAGUAACCCUCAGGUGGAGCAGGGAAACCUUUUGUUAAGCUCUGCUCCUCUUCCCUCUCAGAGCAAACUCCCAGCCCAGAAUUCUGAGAGCACUCCCAUCUCAAAAGAAAGGGAUGCAAAUGCCUUGGCCUCUUCUCAAAAAACGGUGACAUCCUUGAACAAUGCUUCCGCUUUUAGUCAAGUGGAUAGCUCUAUCAAAAUUGCAUUGAACAAUGUGCCCGCUAAUACUGAGAAGCCAUCGUACCCCAAAAACUCAUCAUUUCUUCAUUUUGUACUGAGCAGCACAAAUAUAUUGAAAGAGAAGACAGCUGGUGCUACUGCUGAUAAAAUACUGACUCAUCUUCUGUGUGGUGAAAAACCACUGGUAGAUACAUCUGUCUCAGGUGGAAGCUUACUAAAUGACACUAGUGAAAAGAACAUAGAAGGUCUGAAAGGUGAUAAGGCACUUACGGUUAACACAAACUCUCCUGUGUCAGAAACAACCAAAUCUGGUGAAGCUAAAUUCCAGAGCAGUGUAGCUCAGGAAAAAACACCAAUUCCUAAAAAUACAUCUGUUAAACAGAGCAAUUGCAGUUACUCUGUGGAAGAGCUAGCUGCGUGCCUGGGCUUGUGGAGAAAGCAUUCGUCGGAAUCUGUAAGUGUGCAAGAUAAGCAGUCAAAUGAAAACCCCGCAACAAAUCGGAUUUCAUCUUACAGCCAAAACACAAAAAGCAGAGAACAAAAUAAUGCUCUGGUUGAUACAAAUGAAGCAAUUUUACCUGUAACUGCUGCUUCUGUAGGGCAAAAACUUGAUACGUUGAGUUGCAAUCUAAUAAAAAGUUUUGAACUCCAAGUUGCAGUUGUCUCUCCUUUAGUACUUUCUGAACAGAGAACACAGAGUGAGCAGGCAGACAAAUGUCCAACAUCUGCAGGUAAAACCUGUCCACUCAUUGACUCGGGAAGCUUGCAAGAAGAAGGGAAAAACUGUUUAAAUGUGGUAAAUACUGAUAAAGGAAACAUAGAAACGGUUCAGUCAGCUGAUGGAAACAAAAUGGUGAAUAACAGUGUGAGUGCAAAUGAGUCAUGUGAUGAAAACCAAAGGAAAGCUAGUCAAUCUGCACAAGAUGCCAGUGAAAAUCUGCAGCUCGGAGUACAAAACAAGCCUUCUCUUCCUGAAUUGGGCAUAGAUUUUUCUAGUCAAAUCUUUCAAGAAGAUAUGAGAGACCAUAAAGACAAGCAAGGUGUGUUAGAGACAGGAGAUAUAUCCAUAGCUGUCUUGGAUGAACAGAUGUUUUGCAUUUCUAGUGUAUGUUCUCUUGUUGAAGGUGAUAGAUCUUAUAAUCCACAAAUAGCAAGUAUCUUCAGGUCAGUUCCCGAGACACAUAAGUUAAAUGGUACCUCAUCAGAAGGAGAUGCAUCAGACACAAAGCAAAAGGAGCAACAGCUGGACUUGUGUAAAAAUGAGACGAGCAAUAACACUGUGCAAAGAGAGAGCUUGCUGCAAAAGACAUUGGAAGAAACAACAAACUGCAAGAGUAAAGCAGGUGAAAUUUUGGAUGGCAUCACAACUAGUCAUUUGGAGAAAGAAAGCAGUGGCAAUCCUCCUAAAACAGUUUCUACCUCGGAACAAAAAAAGUCCUUGGAUGCAUCUGUCAAGCAUCCUGAAAAUGAUUUAGAAAUUCUUGCUAGUAUAAACCAGGAGUUAGCUCAAAAUUCACUGGAUUUCUCUAUCGAUGUUUCUGCUGUAACAAAUACAUUCACUGUUCCAGGAGACAACAGUAAACAAGAUUACAAGUCCAGCAGAAAGAGCACAGAAAAAGAGAUGAAACUUUCUGGAGCAGAACCUAUUAAAUGUCUAAGUAAUCAGCUGUCUGAACUAAUGGAAGAGUUUCCAUAUGGCAUUGAAGGUGCUACUGCACUGACAAAAGAACCAGUACAAAAUAAUUCCGUGGCUGAGCGGAUGGAGAAUCAACCUCAAAAAAAGGCUGAAAUUUGCAACAAGAGUUCUCAUUUGAAAGACCCAGUAGAUCAGAUAAAAAUUGCAGUGUUAAGCCCUGAGCAGAUGCGAGAACUGUUUCCUAAACACAACCAGUGUUCCCCUAGUGACAGUGGGAGCAUGGUGAGUCCACAGUCAGAAAAGGCUUCAGCUGAGAAGAACCAUCAAGGCAGCAUUCAGCCUACUCAGAGUCUAUGCGAGAAGAAAACAACGCAAAAAACCUCCGACCCCAGAAAAGAAAACAAUUGCUCUUCAAUGGGUUGUCUAUCUGUAGCACGUCAAGUGCCACACUGCCCCAGUAAAUCUGGAAUGACUGGUUCAGAGAAGAACAAUCAGCUUCCAAAAGCUGAAAAUACUGGCUCUGCAGAGAGGCAAGAAAACAGCGGUAAAUCUGAUGCUGUAACGAUGAACAACUGUGCAGUGGGAAACCUGCCAAUUUCUGAAAAAAUGUCAAAUGGUGAGAGCAAAACCAAAAAAGAUAUUUGCAAAUACACCUCUGUAAUGGGCAAAAAAACUAGGCUAACGGUGAAUGAUGAACACAAACCACUUACAACACAACAGGAAAAAGUUGGACCACCUAAUUCCCCUGAAAAACAGAAUGUUGAUGAAUCUAAAAGGAGCAGCUGGAAGGAAAAGCUGCAAGUCAGCAGAGGAACCCCAUUGUUAGGCAAAGAAUUUCAUUCUGACAAAAAAGAACAUCAGACAGUCUCCGAAGAGUUGUCAGGGAAAGCUGGUCAUACAGAUGCAGACAAUGUGACCAAGUCAUCCAGAAAGAGAGAGAGUAUUUUCGAAAUGGAGUCCCUUUCAAAAGAUAAAACCAAACCAGGUUUGACCAUGAAAUCCAAAACAGAAGCUAGCAAAUUUACAAAGUCAGAAACUGUUGAAAUUAGACGUGCUGAAGUCACUCAGGGACAAAAAAAUACCUGUGAAGAGAACUCACUUGAAGAACAGAACUGUAAGAAACAAAAGGGGAUCCUUGGGCAAGACGUAGGAAUUAAUGUCACAGAGAAAGACAGUUUAUCAGCAGAAAUAAAACAUAAAAAGCUGAAUAGUUACCAUGCUGAUGCUAUAAAGGUCCCAAAUUUUGGCAUUGUAGACUUCAAGUCAAAACCCCACGUAUAUUCUCAGCAUAAGUCUAUGAAAAUUCAUCCUUCACAGGAGGAGCAAUACAAACGGAAGAGGAAGGAAAAUAUGAUUGGGAAGAGAGACCCUAAGAAAACAAAGGUAGAAGAGGAAAGACUGAAACAAUCGGAAGCAAAGAAUUCCAAGCAACUUUCAUAUAAUUGCAUAAUAAAUACUGACAAAGCUAAAAAAUUGAACGGAGAAAAUGGCUGGAAAAUGAAGAGUUCAUUAGCAGAUCGCUCUGCGCUUAAACUACAGAGAAAAAAAGCUCUGUCUUCUGCCAUCUCGAAAAACUUCUUCUCUAACAAAGAGAGACAUCUUGAUGGUCAAAACAAAGACAAGUGCUCUGAGAAAAUGUUUCCUGAUAAAAACCUGCUAUACUUAAACAGAAGAAAUAGCAGAUUAAAAUUGCAUCUUCAAAAGGAACCAAAAAAACAUUACCUGAACAGAGUUGCCUUCAAACGUAUGGCACAGGAACGCAUAUAUCUGACAAAAUUAGAGACGUCACCUAUCAAACUUGCCUGGCAUACAGAGCCCAAAGUGUCACAAAACAACCCAGAUAGAAAAAGGGAUUCUUCUCUCUCAGAAGGUGAGAAAUCCUGUAAACAGGAAGUACUUGAAUUUAAGCUGUGUCCAGAGAUACUGUUCAGAAACUCAACAGCUGAUGAUGAAAGCUUAGCUGCAAAGGAUUCCCUGGAAAGAGAGAAAGCCAUUGUGGCAGGUGUGAAAAGUAAAAAAGAAGAUUGGUUAAAGUGUGAUCCAGUGAAGCAAAAAAACCUGGAAGAGAUCGCUACAGCCAAGGACAGUAUUCCACUUGACACAGCUAUACAGAUCCUGGAUGGAGAUGUCGAGGCUCUUCACAUUUCAAUGAAAGACUCAAAAGAGAUGUUUCAGACCUACAGGAAAAAGUAUCUGGAAAAAAAGAUGCAAAAGCCUUGAUAGCACUCCUCUAUCAUAGGUCUUACUCAGUAUCACUGGGAAAAAUGCCAACAGUAAAAUCCUUUUUCCUGUUUACUUCACAUUUCUGCAUAAUUUUUUUUAAAAUACAUUUUUUUGGGUGUUGGGAAUUUUUUCCCUUAUUUGCCUCAUUUGUGAAUGAUCGAGAUCUUAUUCCGUAUUUAUUGCACAAAUAUGCUUUGGUGCUGAAAAUGCCAUUGUCAAAUGUGUUGUUUCCUUUUGGCAUGCUUGUUUUUGUUUAGUUCUGUUUUGAAGAUACAGGAGUUAGUUGAAUCUUGACCAAAAAAACCCAAAACCUCAUUUAAAUGGUCACAGUCUAUUUCCUUUCCUGAUUCUGGAAAACUUAUACCUGUGGUUCUUUCCAUUGCCGACAGUGGAAAAGUUUUCCUACUGGAAAGGGAUUGCAGUGAAUUCUCAAGCAUUACGUGUUUAUUUUCUGCUUAUGCUAGUCUGAUUGUUGUGCUUCUAACAAGGCUUCCUGUUUUUGUAGAAACUUUUAUUAUUGUUUUUUUUUAAACUGGGAAUACAAAUAUAAAACCCUCAAACAUACAGAUUUGGGGAUACCAUGAAGUGUUUAUGCUGCUACCCAGUUUUCUUACAUUUCUUUUUGUGGAACUUGUUCAAAUUGAACACUGAGCUCUUGAUCUGAACUCAGUGCCGUAAACUGUUAGUUGACUGAAGAGUUCUUUAGUUUUUUUCUCUCUGUUUUCUUUACGCUUUUGUUGAAGUACAGGGAGCUUGAACUCACUCUUAUCUGGACUAUGUUGCUCACUUUAACCAGACUGUAAUUAAUUUCUUUGUUCAUGAAGUGUUAGUUAAUGUUUGACUACACAUUGACUGUGACAUGAAUUAUAUUUGUUGCUGAGUGUCUUUUGUUUAAGUGCCUUUUCACUGUUGUUCAGAAGUUUGAACCGUAUUUUUUCAGAAAUUUUGUACUGGAUUCUUUCUAUCUGUUUAAAUCUUUCUACUGAAAGUAAAAGCUCUGUAGAUAUUUCACUGAACAGUUUUUAUAUUUUAAAUAAACUUUUGAAGGUUA